CCGGGCUAAUCCUUUCGUUUCGCCAGUAAUUCAUCAAAGACACUGGCAUACUCAUAUCCCGCAUUUAUGGGUUGAUAUGCCAACACCAUUAGACUUUACAACUGGGGUUUUUCAGCGAUCGAAUAUCAUCAUGUCUGUUUACGGUAAACAAGGAGGGACGAGUAUCAUGAAGGCUUACCCUUGGACAAUCUGUUUCCUCAUCGUGAACAUAUUAGUUCCUACGACAGCAUCAUAUGACGUACAUGACGUUUGUCCUCAUGUGUCCAUGAUGUCAUGUCCUGUGAUUACUCUGGAGAGCGGUGAGACUGUACAAUUGAUCCCGAAACCCAUGCAACCCGAUCUAGACUGGUUAAUAUCCGACCUCCCAACAGAUGUCCCGAUUCCUGACGAUGUCCGACGUUACUAUUGCACCGAACCAGCAUGCCGCUCAAAUCCUUGUCUUCAUGGAGGCACUUGCGAGGAGACGGAGACAGGAUUUACUUGUCUCUGUUUAGAUCGCUACCGUGGUGAAAGGUGUGAAGAAAUAUUUGCGACGGUGAGCAGUCCAUUGUAUGAGUCCUCGUCCGUCGAUGCUCCUGCUGAAGCCGAAUCAGUGAAAUGCCCUGCUAAUGCCACAAACAUUACCGACUGCUGGUACAGUGAGACUAAAGUGGGGCGGAUAAGCGAGCACGAAAUGAUUUCCAUUGUGUGUUGCCCUGUGAGCCCGUGUAGUAUAUCUGGUCAACCACUCGGCCUUGAGAGUGGUGCUCUUCCCGAUUCGGCUUUCUCCGAAUCAACCUGCUACGCGGCGUCCUACUGCAGCCGUUUUGGCCGCCUGAACUCUGCGACAGUCUGGAUCGCAAACCCGCCCGACCAAUACCAAUGGAUGCAGGUCCAAUUCGAGUCCAGCUAUAUCGUAACGGCCAUAACGACACAGGGUAGAAAUAACGCUGAUCAGUGGGUGACGUCAUACACUUUUUCUUCUAGUUUUGACAACAUGGCUUGGACUGAUUAUUUGAACGUUUACUCUGGAUCAGUCGAGAUAUUUCCGGGAAAUUAUGACCGUGAUAGCCAUGUGACUCACACGCUUGCUAGGCCGAUAGUUGGACGCUCUUUCCGGAUACAUCCAAAGACUAAUCACGGUCACGUUUCUUUGAGGAUGGAACUAUAUGGGUAUGGACCUCUAACUGACGCCAUAGCGUCGCUGAACCUCGAUGCGAAACUUGGUUGCACCCCUUCUGUUCUCGGUGAGGGGCUAGGCGUGGAAGAUGGUCGGAUACCAGACUCUAGUUUGACCUCGUCAUCGUUCUCAACUUCCGGCCGUGAAGCUUACAGAGGAAGGCUGAAUGCCGUUGUCAUUGCAGGGGGAUCCGCCGGGGCAUGGACCUCCGACCUUAACGACAACAAUAAGUGGGUCAAGGUCGAUCUCGGCGAGGAUACUUUGGUAACUGGUGUUAUCACACAGGGACGGACCGGGACAAACAAAAGGGUUACGUCAUUCCAAAUCUCCUACUCAAGGGACAAUACAAAUUGGACCUUUGCUCUGGAAGAGCAGUGUGGGGUACGAAAAACAUAUGCAGGAAAUUUUGAUGAAGCCACAUAUGUGACAAUACUGUUUCCUGAGCCAGUAACCGCACGAUACGUCACGUUUCAUCCUGUAACAGCACAUAAUCGUGCGUCUAUGAGAUUCGAAGUACUUGGUAUCAACACUUGA